UUUUAAUUAAUAAAUAGUGUUAAAUAAAUCUUAACAUAUUUAUUAGAUAUAAAUUUUAUUUGUAAAAAAUUGUGUGUCAGAAUGCGAGAAAUAACACAUAAGAAUAUGCAAUCCUUUUGCCGGAUAUGUCUUGACGAAUUGGGCGAGAAAUCAGUGCUGCUUGGUGAGAAAUAUAACAUAUAUGAGAAUGGAGAUAACGAAAAGCUCAUAACAUUAUGCCCUCCACCAACAAUUGUGGAAGAUUCUGAUGAUUUACCUCAGUUCAUUUGCAAGAUUUGUCAUAUAAAAUUAGAGUCCUUACACGAAUUCCGUUGUAAAGCUUUGCAGUCAUUUACCUUUUUGGCCAACAUAUUAAAAGAUUGUGACGAUUCUUCUGGAGUUAAUAUUACUCUGCUCGAUAGCGGUCAAGGCAGUGUAGAGCAACUAGAUAUUAGUGUUCGCACGCCUAAAAUAGAAUAUGAAAGCUAUAAAUAUUCAACAAGAAGCCGAGAGAAACUUCAAAACACUAUUGAAAAUACGGUGGUAAAAAUUAUGCAAGAGCCCACGAGCCCGAUAAAAACGACGAAAGAGGUGUUCAAAAAUGAAAUAUUUGUUGGUGAAGAAGCAGAAAUUGAUAUAAAGGAUAUUAAAACAGACGAAAACAUAUAUUCCGACUGUGAAGAUACCUCAGAUGAAGUCACUUUUUUGAGAACAGAUUCCUGUACACACGAUGAAGCCGAUAGAUUACAAAAUGUUGAUAUUGCUGUUCAAGCAUUAGAUAUACAUGCCAAGACACUUGAAAGUGAUGCUGACUUAAGUAACGGAGGUACAUCAAUUUUAUUAUCAACAAAAAAUUCGUCUCAAAACAAAAAUAAAAAGAGUACAAAGACUCCGAAAGGGCUGAAAAAAUCAAAGACGAAAGUAAAAACUACAGACGAUUGUGGUCCGUUAUUCCAGUGUGAGCAAUGUCCACGUCGAUGUGUCACAAAGGAAAAUUUUGAAGCGCAUUUACGCACACAUCAAGGACUCAAGCCAUACGUUUGUAAUGAAUGCAAUCGCGAUUUUAAUAGAGCAAGUAAUUUUCGUUCACACAUGCGUGAAGCUCACGCUGCUGUGAAACUGCAAUUUGUUUGCUCCUUUGAAGGGUGCGGUAAAAUAUUUAACCGAAGAGAUACCUACACAGCUCAUUAUCGCCAUAAGCAUUCAAAGGAGUAUACAAAGUCUGAACCUAAAAUAUAUGUUUGUGAGGACUGUGGCAGUACAUUCAAAAAUGCGACUACAUUUAAAGAGCAUCGCUACAAACAUGCACCAGUGGAAGAGCAUCCAUUCAAAUGUGAAGAGUGUGGAAAACGAUAUCGCUCGAAACGAUCUUAUAACGAACAUAAAAUACGUCAUUCCGGUAUAAAAAACUUCAUUUGUCCAUAUUGUGGCAUGAAGAAAGUGUCCAAAAGAGAAUUACGCACACACCUUAACUAUCAUACGAAAGAGAAACAAUGGCCUUGUCCGAAAUGUCCAAGCAUUUUUAACAGCUCAGCAAAUCUUGGGAUGCAUGACCGGAUAGUACAUAAGGGCAUAAGACGAUUCUCCUGUAGGUAUUGUGAACAGAGCUUUGGUAAAGCGGAUACUUUAAAACACCACGAAAUGCGGCACACAGGAGAAAAGCCCCAUGGUUGUGAGUUAUGUGGUAAACGUUUUAUUCAGGUUGUUGCAUUACGUACGCACUUGAAAACACAUAGUAGAGAUAACUCACGUGGGCCAAGAAAGCAGGCCAGUACGGAAGUACUUGCUGUAAAGAAUAGUACUGCUGAAACAUGUGAAACAAAUAUGCAAUUAACAAGUGCGUGUAGCAAUACUAGUUGAUACCGUUAUUAUAAUUAGCAUAGUACUUUUAUGUAACUUCGUGUGAAUAAAUUUAUUUCGUACAAUUUAUUUAAAAAAAAAA